CAGAAGCUAAAAACUAACAAACAAUCCUCUGCUUGAGUCGGUGGUUAGGAAGUAGUAGAACCCUUACGUGAAUGUGAAGACCGAGACCGAAAACCCCAUGGUGACCUGGAGAAUGUGGGUCAGCUCAGACCAGAGCUCCAGACUUUUCCUUCUGCGAUCGCUGUGUGUUUCUGCUGGCAUCGCUGAGGAUUGUUACUUUGUUUUGCAUCUUCCAGCACUCAGCAGCUCGGAGAAUCGGGACUUAAACUUUUUUGUGCCCAGUGUUGAUAACAUGAUGACAUGACUGUCCUGGCUGCGCAGCGCAGGUACUGAUGGGAGAGGAUCCAAUAUGAGUGUGAAUGAUGUUGGAGGCAGACGACGCUUUGAGGAGAGCGAGUACACGCUGCACAUAUACCCCGGGAGCAUUGCCGAAGGGACUAUCUAUUGCCCCAUUACUGCCAGGAAAACUUCGACGGCGGCCGAGGUGAUCGAUUCGCUCAUUAAUAAACUGCAGCUAGAGAAAACAAAAUGUUACGUCCUCGCGGAAGUGAAGGAGUUUGGCGGGGAGGAAUGGAUCCUCAACCCCACGGACUGUCCGGUCCAGCGCAUGAUGCUGUGGCCUCGCAUGGCCCUCGAGAACCGGAUAAGCGGCGAGGAUUAUCGCUUCCUUCUGAGGGAGAAGAAUCUCGAUGGGUCUAUUCACUACGGCAGUCUCCAGUCGUGGCUGCGGGUGACGGAGGAGCGCCGCAGGAUGGUGGAGCGUGGCUUCCUUCCCCAGCCGCAGCAGAAGGACUAUGACGAUUUGUGCAGCCUGCCGGACUUAAACGAGAAAACGCUCUUGGAAAACCUCAGAAACCGCUUUAAGCAAGAAAAAAUUUACACCUACGUAGGCAGCAUUCUAAUAGUCAUUAAUCCGUUCAAGUUUCUACCUAUUUAUAAUCCUAAAUAUGUUAAAAUGUAUGAUAACCAUCAGCUGGGAAAGCUGGAGCCCCAUAUUUAUGCUGUGGCGGACGUGGCCUACCAUGCUAUGCUUCAGCGGAGGAAGAACCAGUGCAUCGUGAUUUCGGGAGAAAGUGGGUCAGGAAAAACACAGAGCACAAACUUUCUGAUUCAUCACCUCACUGCCCUCAGCCAGAAAGGAUUUGCUAGUGGAGUAGAACAGAUUAUUCUUGGAGCUGGACCAGUGCUUGAGGCUUUUGGAAAUGCAAAAACAGCACAUAACAACAACUCAAGCCGCUUUGGCAAGUUUAUUCAAGUGAAUUAUCAAGAGACAGGCACUGUGCGAGGAGCUUACGUUGAAAAGUAUCUCCUGGAGAAAUCGAGACUAGUCUACCAGGAACAUAAUGAACGGAACUACCAUGUAUUUUAUUACCUCCUGGCAGGAGCGAGCGAGGAAGAAAGAUCGGCUUUUCAUCUUAAGCAGCCUGAGGAGUACCAUUACCUCAACCAGCUCACAAGGAGACCGCGCAGGCAGAGCUGGGAGGACUAUUGCUGCGACGCGGAGCCGGACUGUUUCUCCGUUGAAGGGGAGGACUUGAAACACGACUUUGAGCGCUUGCAGCUAGCAAUGGAGAUGGUGGGGUUUCUUCCCAAGACUCGCAGGCAAAUUUUCUCUCUCUUGUCUGCAAUACUACAUCUGGGUAACAUCUGUUACAAAAAGAAAACGUAUCGGGAUGACUCGAUAGAUAUUUGUAACCCUGAAGUACUACCUAUUGUCUCGGACCUGCUGGAGGUGAAAGAAGAGAUGUUGUUUGAGGCCCUGGUUACCAGAAAGACGGUGACAGUAGGAGAGAAGCUCAUCUUACCAUACAAACUAGCAGAGGCUGUGACUGUGCGAAAUUCCAUGGCUAAAUCGUUGUACAGUGCCCUGUUUGACUGGAUAGUGUUUAGAAUUAACCAUGCGCUUCUGAAUUCAAAGGAUAUGGAGGAAAACACCAAGACUUUGUCCAUCGGCGUACUUGACAUUUUUGGCUUUGAAGAUUAUGAAAAUAACAGCUUUGAACAAUUCUGCAUUAACUUUGCCAAUGAGCGCUUACAGCACUACUUUAACCAGCACAUCUUUAAACUUGAGCAGGAGGAGUACAGAGCAGAAGGAAUUAGCUGGCACAACAUAGACUACAUAGACAACUCCAGCUGCAUAAACCUCAUUAGCAAGAAGCCAACGGGCCUGCUCCAUCUGCUGGAUGAGGAAAGCAAUUUUCCCCAAGCCACGAACCAGACGCUGCUGGACAAGUUCAAGCGGCAGCACGAAGGCAACUCCUACAUCGAGUUUCCAGCGGUCAUGGAACCGGCUUUCAUCAUCAAGCACUACGCGGGCAAAGUGAAGUACGGAGUGAAGGAUUUCCGCGAGAAAAACACGGACCACAUGAGGCCAGACAUUGUCGCUCUCCUGAGAAGCAGCAAAAACGCCUUCAUCUGCGGGAUGAUAGGGAUCGACCCGGUGGCCGUGUUCCGCUGGGCGGUCCUCAGGGCAUUUUUCAGGGCAGUGGUGGCUUUCAGGGAGGCCGGAAAACGAUACGUCGAGAAGAAAACCGGGCAUGAUGAUGCAGUGCCGUGUGCGGUUUUGAAAAGUGUGGAUAGUUUUAGCUUUCUCCAUCACCCAGUCCAUCAGAGGAGCUUAGAGAUCCUGCAGAGAUGCAAGGACGAGAAGUACAGUAUCACUCGGAAGAGCCCACGAACGCCCCUUUCAGACCUUCAGGGAGCUAACACCAUCAACGAGAGAACCCAGCGUGAUGCCUACGGAGUCGGCUGGAACGGCAGGAUGGGGAUUCGGCACAGCAGACUCUCCAGCCCGAGCUCUUUCCUAGACAAAGAUGGGAUAUUCGUUAAUUCGACCAACAGCAAGCUGCUGGAAAGGGCCCACGGCAUUCUCAUGCGAAAUAAGAACUUCAAAGCCAAACCCAAUCUCCCAAAGCAUAUGUUGGACGUGAAAUCCCUCAAGCACCUGACUAACCUGACGCUGCAUGAUCGCAUCACAAAAUCUCUGCUCCAUCUCCACAAGAAGAAAAAACCACCCAGCAUCAGUGCCCAGUUCCAGGCAUCGCUCAACAAGCUGAUGGAGACUCUUGGGCAGGCAGAACCUUAUUUUGUCAAGUGCAUUCGCUCCAAUGCUGAAAAGCUCCCGCUGCGGUUCAGCGAUAGCCUGGUGCUCAGGCAGCUGCGGUACACAGGAAUGCUGGAGACGGUUCGGAUUCGCCAGUCAGGAUACAGCUGCAAAUACUCCUUCCAGGAUUUUGUCAACCAUUUCCAUGUCCUUCUGCCACAAGGAAUCAGCCCAUCCAAGCACAAUAUUCAUGAUUUCUUCAGGAAAAUAAAGCUCAAUCCGGACAAUUAUCAAGUUGGGAGAACAAUGGUUUUUGUGAAAGAGCGGGAGCGUCAGCUUUUGCAGGACUUGCUUCAUCAAGAGGUGCUCCGAAGGAUCACUCUGCUACAGCGCUGGUUCCGCAGCAUGCUCUACAGACGGCACUUCCUGAGCUUACGGCAAGCAGCAGUGAUCAUACAGCGAUGCUGGCGUAGCUAUCAGAGUCGAAAGCAAGGCGAACCAGCCCCAGACCCUCUCGUUCUCAGCAAAGCAGCGGUCGUUCUCCAGACCCACUGGCGGGGCUUUGUAGAGAGACGAAGGUUUCUGCAGAUGCAGUUUGCGGCCCAUCUCAUCCAGAACUGCUGGCGGGAGUACGUGAAGCGGCGCCACGAGGCAGCCACUAGCAUCCAGGCAGCCUGGCGAGGACACUGCGCAAGGCGCUUUUACCGAGUCAGCAAAAACAGUGUCAUCUGUCUGCAAGCAGCCUGCAGAGGAUAUUUAGCGCGACAAAGGUUCAGAGCUUUGAAAGAGCAGAGAUUAAAAGAGAGACAGCUGGAGAACGGCCUGUCAAUUGGAGAAGAGGAUGGACUGGAGGCAAAUGAUGCUUUGGAAAUUAAGGGCUCAGACCCAUCUAAGUGGGAGGAUGGCUCGUUUGAAGAGAGAGUGAGAGCUAUAGAGGAACAUAAAUCUCUGAUAGAGAAUAAUCGGCUGAAUCACACAGACUCAUUGGAGAGUACUGGAAAUUUGUUACACAAAAGACACGAGAGAGCCAGCAGCCAAAGUGGCAUGGACACUGAAGAGGAAGUAGUUGUGAGAGAGAGACCCAAGUCAUUGGAGGAUCUCAACCAGAAAAAAGUGGUUCGUGCAAAAAGAGAAAGCCGGAGAAUGCGUGAAUUGGAACAGGCAAAAUUCAGCUUGGAAUUGCUUAAGGUCCGGUCUACUGGAGGGCUGUCACCUUCAGAAGAGCGUCGGUGGUCCACAGAGCUUGUAUCUGAGGCACUUCAUUCCCCUCAGGGAACCCCAGAGAGUGAAAGCUCUCAAGGGAGCUUAGAGAUGUUAAGCUGUGAAGAUACCCCAAGUAAACUUGUUUCCUUAGUUUUAGAUGAGCAGGACAUGCAGUCGUUUUCCAUGGACACCCAGGACUCUUUACCUAGCACUCCCCUGGCUCAUCUGCAGGGCAAGCCUUUCUGCACAGCAGAUGUGAACAGCAAUUUAUCCAGUUGCAAAAGGAGGCCUUCAGACUCUGAGAUACCAGAUAACCGCGCUACUAAGGAACGUGAGGUCUGUGAUCCCCAGAAUGUGAUAUACAAGAUGCAUCCAAGAGAAACCUUCCUUUCUAGUAAUCUACCGACCUUUUACAUUCCACCCCAGGACAACUUAAAAGUAAAGCAGUCGUUGCUGGAGAAUAACCUGAGGAACAAACCAGUUGAAAGAGAAGAGAAAACAGUUACGUUCCCUGAGGUCAAGAAGGACUCUGAGUCCGACAAGCAAGACCAGGGCAAAAUCUUGGGAGGGGAGGUAGCGGAAAAGACUCCUUCCAAGAGAGAAGAUCAUAGGACAGCUAUUGGAACACAGACCCAUUCUCCAGACUCGGUCAUCAAGAGAUUGGAAAAACUCAAUGUGGAGAAGGAAGAACGGCAGAAGCAGCUUCAGCUGCAAAAUGAGAGAGAGAUGAUGGAGCAGAUUCGCCAGCAGAAGGAAAUUCUAGAGAGACAGCGCAAAGCCUUUGAGCAGCUUGAGAAACAAGGGAGGGUGGAGGCUUUGCAGAGGGCUGAGCCAAGCAGAAUCAAGGACCCUUCUCUCAAACCAUCAAAAAGAGCAGACAGCCGACCUCAGUCUGUCCUCAUCCUGCAUCCCCAGAGCAGAGGGGAGCACAGCCUCACUCCAGGUAUAACUCCAGCCUUGUCAGUAGAUAUUAAAGGUCUCACCGUUGGGAACAGAGGAAACUCUCCCGCCCAUAGCGCCCCGAAGGACAGACCUGUCAGCAUGUUCAUGGAGCGAAGGGAAGGUCAAUCCGGAAUGGUGCUCGAACCGACCCGGACAGAGCGGCCCAACUCCAAACUGGCUCUGGACUCUAGGGAUUUCCCGGGCAGCCACCUUUCUCGGACGGAGCGCCUGAGGCAGCCCCGAAUGCCAAACCAGGCCACCGACGAGACAAGGGCAAGCGCUAUGUUCUUCACGCCAAAAGAUAGUCCCUUUGGCCUCCACAGGGAAGCAAGUCCACAGUGCCUUCCCAAAGGUGAACUAGCUAGGAAGCCAUUUAAGAUUCCUGGGUCUGGCAGAGGAGAGGUUGCCAGACCGACCCAUAAAAAGAAAGCCCGCAUGGCGCGGACGCGCUCCGAUUUCUUGACUAGAGGUACUUUUGCUGAUGGGGAGGGGGAUACGGAGGAAGAUGAUUACGAUGACAAUUUUGAGUUCCUUCUCUCCUCUGACCAACCUCCUCCUCCUGAGAAAGGGCCUGCAGCCAGGCUCGGGCAGGCCUGUUACAGUGACUCCGAAAUGACUGUACAGCGAUUUGCAUCUGGUGAAGGCCAAACUAAACUUCAUAAAACCAUGUCUCAGGGUGAGAUUGGGAAGCUAGCAGCUGCACAGAAGAACCUGGCUCCGGAUGGGAGGCCUCAACGAGCCAAGAUGAGAUUCUGGGUGAAGGGGAAGCAGGGAGAAAAGAAGAUGCCACGGGAGAAGCUUGCUACCCAGUCUGAGCUGCUCGAGCUUUACGCAGAGCAAGAAGCACCGAGCAGAGAGGUGAUUCCUGGCUUGCAGCUGGGGGAAGCUGUAGAGUUGGGUCCUCACCAUCUGACACCCCCGCGGAGUCCAGAGCUGUCGGGACUCUACCGGAAAGAAUUUAAGGAGAACAAAGAGCCGUCUCCCAAAGUGAAGCGCAAGCGCAGUGUCAAGAUCAGCAAUGUGGCUCUGGAGCCCGUGCAGUGGCAGAACGACUCGCUGCAGAUCAUAACCAGCGCUAGCGACUUGAAAAGCAUGGACGAGUUUCUCCUGAAAAAGAUGAACGAACUGGAUAACGAGGACAGUAAGAAGGACACUUUGGUGGAUGUCGUGUUCAAAAAAGCACUGAAGGAAUUCCGGCAAAACAUCUUCAGCUUUUACUCCUCAGCAUUAGCGGUGGAUGAUGGGAAAAGCAUCCGGUAUAAGGACCUGUAUGCCUUGUUUGAGCAGAUUUUGGAGAAGACCAUGAGGCUUGAACAAAGAGACUGGAGUGAGUCUCCAGUUAAAGUCUGGGUCAAUACCUUCAAAGUCUUUCUGGAUGAAUAUAUGAUAGAGUACAAGCCCCUGGACUACACUGCAGUGAAGGUGCCAAAAACAGAGAGAAAAAAGAGAAGAAAAAAAGAAGCAGAUGUGGUGGAAGAGCACAACGGGCACAUUUUCAAGGCCACCCAGUACAGCAUCCCCACCUACUGUGAAUAUUGUUCCUCCUUGAUCUGGAUAAUGGACAGGGCUUCUGUUUGUAAAUUGUGUAAAUAUGCUUGUCACAAGAAGUGCUGUCUUAAAACCACGACCAAGUGCUCCAAAAAGUACGAUCCUGAGCUUUCGUCUCGGCAGUUUGGCGUGGAGCUCUCACGGCUGACCAGUGAAGAGCGAGCGGUGCCGGUGCUGGUAGAGAAGCUUAUCAACUACAUUGAAAUGCAUGGGCUGUACACAGAGGGCAUCUACAGAAAAUCGGGGUCCACCAACAAGAUUAAGGAGCUGCGGCAAGGGCUCGAUACAGACAUCGACAACGUGAAUUUAGACGACUACAACAUUCACGUCAUUGCCAGUGUGUUCAAGCAGUGGCUCAGAGAUUUACCCAACCCUCUCAUGACCUUCGAACUGUACGAGGAGUUUCUGCGAGCUAUGGGCCUUCAGGAGAGAAAAGAGACUGUCCGGGGAGUGUAUUCGGUCAUCGACCAGCUGUCCCGCACCCAUCUCAGCACGCUGGAGCGCCUCAUCUUCCAUCUCGUGAGGAUUGCCCUCCAGGAAGAGACCAAUCGAAUGUCGGCUAAUGCCUUGGCGAUUGUGUUUGCUCCUUGUAUCCUCCGCUGUCCUGAUACGACAGACCCGCUGCAGAGCGUUCAGGACAUCAGCAAAACAACCACUUGCGUAGAAUUAAUCGUCAUAGAGCAGAUGAACAAAUACAAGGCUCGUCUCAAGGACAUCAACAGCCUGGAGUUUGCUGAGAACAAAGCAAAGAGCCGGCUGUCUUUGAUCCGCAGAUCAAUGGGCAAAGGACGCAUACGGCGCGGCACCUACCCCAGCCCCACGUCUCCGGUCGCAGUACGCUUACCCUCGGUGUCAGACAUCCCCGAGGAGACCAUGAGCAGCGAAGAGGCCAUGGAGAUGGAUGUCACGGAGCAGCAGCAAGCAGCCAUGCAGCAGGAGGAGAGGGUGCUGACCGAACAGAUUGAAAGCUUGCAGAAGGAGAAGGAGGAGCUGACGUUCGAGAUGCUAACGUUGGAGCCGCGGGCCUCCGACGACGAGACUCUGGAGUCCGAAGCCUCUAUUGGCACCGCUGACAGCUCCGAAAAUUUGAACUUUGACUCGGAAGGAGCGAUCUCUGACCGUUCAGAGAGAAGUUCAGCGCUUGGUUCCCUGCGGCCCGUCAAGCCGGAGGCGCCGAGCCGGCUGCGGAGGCACCCGAGGAAGCAGCAGGACUCGGCAGAGGCGACCGACUCGGCCCUUUCCUCCUCGUCGCAGUCGUCCACCUCCUGCUUGCCCCACCUGCCCCGCAAGCGCUUCCAGAUGUACUCCAAGUCGCCCUUCUACCGAGCUCCGGGCGAGCCGGCCGAGCCCAAGGGCGGCCUCGACGGGCCGCCGGCCGAGCGGCCCCAGUUCACCACCCGGGGAACCUUCAACGCCGAGAAAGGCAAGCAGAAGCUGAAGAACGUCAAGAGCUCCCCGGCGAGGGGCAGAGAGGCGCCCGAGGCGGGCGCCGCGGCCGAGCGCCCCGGCGCCCAGCAGCUGCUCCUCUUGGGCAGCAAGGAGUUCAUGGUGUGA